AUGAUUCCCCGGCACAAAUACUGUUUUAGUAUAUUGACUUGUGUACUUUUAUUAUUAUCAGAACUCAGUGGAUCGGUAAUAAAAGAAGCAUUGGAAGAAAAUUUGAAAGAUAUUUCACACGAUGAAGGAGCUGAGUCAAUCAAACAUGAUAAACAUAAAGGUGAAAAGGUGAUUCAAGAACAAAGCCAAAUAAAUGACAGUCAUAAAAACCAAUACUCUAAAGCUAAUGACGAGGUAAAAUAUUUAAAAAAAGAGCAUGACUCAAAUUCUGCAACGGAAAACGAUGCGUAUAAGGGAUAUAACAGCAAGCAAGAUAAAGCUGAAGACAGUGAAGCAAAAGGUUACAAGAGGGGUCAUAAAAAAGGCCAUCAUAAGCAAGGAUUUCAAAAUUCGUAUCAUAAAGACGAAUCCUCAAAUAAGAGUACUUUUUUUGAUGAUUUUAAUGACGAGGGUGAUCAAGCUCAGUACAAUAGCAGGUUGAAUUCGCAUGACAAUAAGGGUGGGCGAACCUAUCACGGGUCACACAAUAAAGGCACGGACCAUCUUGUAGAUAACUAUCGUGGUGGUGGUUACAAUAAAUAUGGCGACACUGGUGUGAAACAUGUGGACCGUCUAAACCACGGUAAAAAGUAUUAUUUAGAUGAUAAUUUAAAUCAUGAUAAGUAUCGCAAUGCUCAUAAUAACUAUGACAGAGGUAAUAUCCGAAGCCGUCAUGAAUAUCAUGUGCCACCAGUUCCUCGUCCUGAACCGGGUUGGGAUUGGCAGAAAUGGGAAGACAGAAGAGGGUGGGAACGUCCUGGUUGGCAAAGAGAUCAUGGUUGGCAAGCAGAACCUGGUUGGGGAAGAGAACCUAAUUGGCAGAGGGAUCCCGCUUGGGAAAGAGAAGCUGAUUGGCAGAGAGGCAAUGGCUGGGAAAGAGAACCUAACUGGCAAAGGGAUCAGGGUUGGGAAAGAGACUAUGGUGGGCCCGGUUACUAUGAUGAUAAGGGUUUACGCCAUGAUGGUGGGUAUGGUUAUGGGCCCAACCACGGCUACGGAUAUGGUUAUGGAGAAUCUCAAGUAAGUCCAGUUGCUGAAAUACCAAAAAAUGCUCCCGUUGUAGCACAAAGAAAACAAACUAUAACUAUAUAUGAAGAUCCGAGAUAUGAUGGUAAGGAUAAAGGUCAGCUAAGACGAGAGGAGGGGGAUUAUUUGCAACUGGAGUAUAAACCAAGUAGUCAUCGAUACGCCAGUUAUGACAACACGUACUAUAACGCGCCUGCAACUCGAGAAGGAGCGGUAGAAGCUAGUAAAAUUAAUAGAUUGGUUUAUAACUAUAGAAGGCAGUAA